AUGAGAACCCCAACCCUGCGCCGUUUUCUGCAUAGCUCGCGCAUGCUGCGCGGUCAUGAGAAUCCUCUUGGGCUCCCACAAACUCAAGGCUUGCCACAAAAGGGUAGCAUUCCUCGUUUCCAACGUGGCCUACCUCAAAAAAGACCCAUCAAUGGCGUCUCCCACAUCGUCGCCGUCUCCUCAGCCAAGGGUGGUGUAGGCAAGAGCACCAUCGCCGCCAACCUCUCCCUGGCCCUCGCCCGCCUCGGCCUACGCGCCGGCAUCCUCGACACCGACAUCUUCGGCCCUUCCAUCCCGACACUCUUCGACCUCACCUCCCACACACCCCACCUCUCCCCCCAGAACCAGCUCAUCCCCCUCACCAAUUACGGCGUUAAGACCAUGUCCAUCGGGUACCUCACGCCAGACGAGUCCGCUCCAGUCGUCUGGCGCGGGCCCAUGCUGCUCAAAGCCAUCCAGCAGCUCCUCCAUGAAGUCGACUGGGCCGGAGCCGGCGGGCUGGAUAUACUGGUUCUCGAUUUGCCGCCAGGGACUGGCGACAUCCAGCUGAGUAUUGCACAGCAAGUACCAGUGGACGGGGCCGUUAUCGUGUCGACACCGCAUGUGUUGGCAGUGAAGGAUGCUGUUAAGGGAGUGGGGAUGUUUGAGAAGGUUGGUGUACCUGUGCUGGGGUUAGUGCGGAAUAUGGGCGUCUUUAAGUGCCCUUGUUGUGGAGGGGAGACAGAAGUAUUUGGUGGUAACGACAAGGUUGAUCAGAUGUGUCAAGAGAAGGGGAUCCAGCUGCUCGGGGAUGUGCCGCUGCAUCCUAACAUCGGCGAGGAUGGAAGUCGGGGCAAGCCGACUGUGGCUGCGGAGCCGGAAUCAGAGAGGGCGAAGGUAUUUAUGGAGGUUGCAAGAAAGGUGGCCGCGAAGGUAGGGUUGAGGGUAUGA